AUGUCUGGGACUUGCUGCGAUGAUUCUUCAUCGGGGAGCCAAUUGUUUGUGAAAAUUGUGACUGCCCACAUCCUCGGUGCUGCGUUCACGGCCACAGCUCCUAAUGUGCCUGCUUGGAAUGCAGGAUUCGAUGACAGCUCUUCCAUUGGUGGCUUAUUAUAUAGUGUGCUACUACCUACAGGCGCAUUUGGAAAACUUCUGGUUGCUCUGGUUGCUCUCAGCACACCCAGUGCUUGUGCACCAACUAUAUAUACAUUCAGCACCAGUUUCAUGGCUGUCACUCCAUGGUUUGCUACAGUGCCAAGAUGGGUAUAUAUUCUUAUCUCUGAAGGAAUUCUAAUACCAGUGGCCAUUGUUGGUGCCAAAACAUUUUAUACCACUUUUAUUGACAUCUUGAAUAUCAUCAGAUACUGGUCAUCAGUAUUUGGUGUUCUUACAGAACAUGCUUCAUAUACUCUGUUACCUAGUAGUAUUCCUGCAGUCGUGGCCUUCGUGUGUGCCUGUGGAGCCCUUGUUCCAUUCAUGUCACAGGCUUGGUAUGUAGGACCAGUUGCAAGGCAUUGGAGUGGAGAUGUUGGGGUGUUUGUAGGGUCAGCAAGAAGCAGGCGCAUAUGAUUUUUCGUCGCGCUCCUCCUUCACUCGCUCAAAUUCAUUGAUUUGUCCCACUACUUGAUUUGUUGGUUCUAUUAUAGAACAGCCUUCUAUAUGUUUCGCACUUUGAUUUAUCGGUUCUGUCACCUACACACUUGUCUUAUG